AUGAAGAUCAUCACUUGGAAUGUCAGGGGUCUUUCGGCCCCUGACAAGAAACGCUUGAUAAAACGAGCAUUACAUAGAGUAGAUAGCGAUAUUGUCUUACUCCAAGAAACUAAAUUAUGUUUGGACAAAGCUCUCAGUUUUCUCCACUCCUAUAAUAACUGGGAAGGCUUUUUUCAUGAAGCCAGAGGCACCGCCGGGGGGUUGGGAGUCAUGUGGAACCCACACAAUAUUAAGAUGACGGAGUUAGAAAGCUUAGAAUAUUGGUUAUUUGGAGCAGUUCGUAGUUUGAGGGAAAAUGUGACCUUUCUACUCAUCAAUGUAUAUGGCCUGAUUAAGAUUGAGGAGAAAGCAAAGGUAUGGAAGGACAUCACUCAAAAGAUUGAUUCCCUCAACAACGAUAGAGUUAGUGUAGCAGGGGAUUUUAAUGCUCUGCUUGAUUUGGAGGAGAAGAGAGGUGGUAUGAAAAUAUCUAAUAAAGUCAUGGAGGAUUUCAGGGAUUUUGUGAUGUUGAAUCAUUUGUUUGGCGUCAUCCCAAAGAAUGGAAGUUUUACUUGGACCAACAGGAGAGUGAACUUUGCGAAUAUAUCGGAGAGACUGGAUAGAUUUCUGGUAGGGCCCUUCUGGCUGGAUUCGGCCUUCCACCUAGAUUCUUGUAUCCUCCCUUUUUCAUUGUCAGAUCACUUCCCAGAUCAAUUAAGUUUUAAGGAAGCCAACAAGAGUUCCAGAGGGAGUUUUAGGUUUCAGGGGAUGUCCAAUGAGGAAUUUGUUAGAGAGAAACAACUAAAAAGCGAAUUAUCGAAAGUUUUUCUCAGAGAGGAAAUCUAUUGGAGGGACAAUUUGAGAGAGUGUUGGAUCAAAGAAGGGGAUUUGAACACAAAAAUUUUCCAUGCCUCGAUCAAGGCCAAAAGAGCUAAUAGUCGUAUUAGCUACAUUCAGGACAGGCUCAGGGUGUGGCAGGAGGAGGCAGAGACAAUUGAAGACAUAACAGUAAAUCACUUCAAAGCUCUGUUGGGGGAAGGUCGUGACAAUACCCCUCAGCUCUCCUCCUCCAUGUUGGAUGUCAUCAACAGAGUGGUAUCGGUGGAAGACAAUGAACAGUUGAUGCGGCCCUUUACACUGCAGGAGAUUAAAAAGGCCACAUUCGAUAAUCCCCCCUUCAAAGCGCCUGGUCCUGAUGGAGUCACCACAAAAAAUUUCCAAAAAUGUUGGGCCUUCAUAGGUGAAGAUAUCUUCAAGGUGGCGGAAUAUUUCAGAAGGAUAGGGAAAUUUGUUAGAGAAAUGAAUAAUAUGGUCAUUGUCUUGAUCCCUAAGAAGCAAGAAUGCUCAACCAUGAUGGACUUUCGGUCGAUUUCUUUGUGCAAUUCCUUGUACAAAAUCAUGUCUAAGGCUAUGGUUAAUAGAUUGAAACCAUUGCUAAAAAAGAUCAUCUCCGAUGAACAACACGACUUCUUCCCUGGGAGAGAAAUUAUGGAUAGCAUCAUCUUGGCGGGGGAGACCAUCCAUUCUAUGCAUUCUGAUAAGAAACAAGGUGACACUGCGCAGCCAGCCAAAAGGAGAAGAAAGUUGGACACGUCCGUAAAGGUCGAAGAUGCCAGCAUCGCAGAGGAUUUUGAGGAUGCAAAAGAGACUGAGGAGCAGGAAAGUGGUGAUGAGGGGUUUCAUAUGGCACCUCACAUAGUUGCAAAGGAUGAAGGGGAAGUAGAGUCGUAA